AAGAGAUUGAAACAUAUCACGUGUGAACUAAAUAGAUAAUCUAUCUUUCUAACCCGUUUUCAUCUAUGAGUUAAAAUAAUCGAUCAGAAAGUUGACUUAUUAUUAUAAAUAAGUUUAAUUGAAAUUCAUUACAAUAAUGAAAAUAUGUAGUGUUAUGUAGUAGUACCUUUUCAAAUGAACUUAAAAAAGCUUAUCAUAUUCUUCUUGUUACUUUUUCUAACGAAUUUGUGCGGUCUAAUACUGGCUAGCAAUUAUGAUCAGUACAUAGAUAGAUUGAUAAAUGAUGGAAAAUUAUUAUAUGAUGAUUAUAUAAAACAAAAUCCUAGUUUAGAAUCAACAUUAGAACGUUUAUAUUCAAUGGAACAUCCAAUUUUUCAAGACGAUUAUCCAGAAAAUUAUGAAAUUACUGAUAAACAAUGGAAUGCGUUAUUAAACGAAAUCAAUCAAGCUAAAUUAGGCAAACUAGAAGAAAAUGAUAUUGAUAAACCAAAAUUUAUGUAUUCAAAUUUUAACGAAAAAUCAAAUGAUAAUUAUGAAUUAAAUUCAAAUAGAAAUAAUAUUAAUAAAGUUUUAAAUGAACCAAGUUUAACAGAACGUCGAAAUGAAAUUGCUUAUCAAAAUUCUCUAUGGGGUGAACAUAAAGUUUCUGGAGGUUCCAGUGAAACAGGUCAGUGGAUAGAUUAUGCUUUAUUGGGAGCUGAAGCACAAGAUACAACAGCUAAUAAUUUAAAUCUAUCUAGUGAGCUGGAAUCAUCUCAUAUAGAAUCUAAAUUUGAUAAUUUACCUGCUUAUUGUGAUCCACCAAAUCCAUGUCCAUUAAAUUAUAAAUCAAAUGAUUUACCAACACCUUGUGAUCAAGAUAUUGAAGAUACUAUUGAUUUUAAUCGACAUUGGAUAAUAAGAAAAAUGCAAAAUGGUGAAUGUUCAUGUGAUAAUGAACAUAUGGAUAACUGUCCAGUUGAAUCAAAUGAAAAUGGACAUAAAACUAAUUUUAUGUCUGGACAAAAGACUGAUGGAAAAAUUUUCUUGGUAAAUCCAUAUCUACGAGGAGAAAGUCGUAAAAGGCUGGUAGCUAAAAAACGAGUUAAACGUUCACACAAUUAUCGUUAUAAUCCUUAUUUACUGGGUAGUGUUCACAAGACUGCAGUGAAAAAAAUUGGACCAUAUAAACCAUCACAAGAAAAGUAUAUGUAAUAAGCUUAAUACAAUGAAUUGAGUAAUAAUUGUAAUAAAUUAUACUAUAAGUUCAGUAAUAAUAAACGAUACAAUUCGACACUGAUAAUAAAUUGAAUGUUUUUUUUAAAAAACUAAUGGUACUUUUU